UAAUUCUUUACAAAAACAAGAUAAACACAACGUUUGGGUCAGUGAGUAACUAAUUUCCCUCUGUGUAGCUCUACCCUGAAUUCACUCGAAUUCAUCCUUCAACAAUUUCAGCAUCAUGGACGACCAUCAUAAUCAUAAGCCUGAUGAUACAUUUUUCGAUCCGUGGUCCCUUUUCUCGUCAGGAGAAAGGGAAUGUAUUCGUGAUAUUGAAGGCGGGGACGACUUAGUUAAUCGACUGCAAGAUCAGAGAGAAGCAGCAAUAGAACGACUUUGGUCAACUUUUCAAGUAGCUGCAUCUUCUCUAGCACAAUUAUAUAAAGAACGUGCUUCAUGCGAGUGCUGUGAGCGCUGUAUAUACAGACACAACAACCACGACCGCUGGUUACCAUUCCAAGGUGCUGCCAACAAAGUGACCAUGUUAUACAAAGAUGGAAAUGAUGCUCUGUGCGCUGGAAUAGAACUAGGUUUUCGUGCAGGCUACCAAAAAAGAAAUAAAGACAUCACAAAUUGGGUGAAAAAAAAACGACGGAAUAUUCGCCGUGAAGAUAUAUUAUCGAACUUAUCAGGCAGAUCACCUCCGAGAAGGAGAGUGAAUGAUAAAGGGAACUCAAUUUCAUUGUCGCCAAAGCCAAUGUCACCAACAAACGACCAUAUCAGUUUUCCAGAUACAAGAGAAUUCGAUUUCAAUGCAUUUGUAGAGGGAAGAAAUCCAUAUGGUAGCGAAAACCGAAAACGUCUGGGCGAGUUGAAUUCUAUGGAUUCACCUCACAAAAGAGGGAAAUUUUGUUAAAAUUAUACACACCCACGAAGUAUUUUACGCGGAAAAUGUUUUUUGUUGUGACUGGAUUUUGUAUAGUAUCUAUGUUUUCAUCUUUCUUUUUAAAUUGAAGUAUGCGCUUGAUACAAGUAAUCUGUUAAAUUCACUUAUCGCAAGAUAGAACUCGCAUGUAGAUGAUUCUUAACUUUUGGUGCGACGUGGUUACUAAGGUUAAAACAAUUGCUGGCAUAAAGCAAGAUACUUUUUGUCUUGUUUUUUACAAGUAUACUCGUAGACUAUAUCAAGUUUUGUAUGUAUAUAAAUAUGUCUAUGUGGUACCUAUCAUUUUGAAAUAGUAGAUGUAACUUUUUCAGUUUUAAUCGAAUUGCCUCGCACUGAAUUCCGUGUUUCCAAUGAAAUAGUCCAAUAUUUUUAAUGGUUACCGUGAAUAAAUGGGGUGUUAUUUUUGCCCUUCCUGGCCUACUGUUUUCGUUACAUUUCCUAAAUGUUCUAUAAGAAAAUAAUGGUAUCGUGUUUUCAUGGGUUUUAGUCGCUUCUACUGUCCCAUAUUGAGUUUUAUGUGUGCAUAGUAGAAACUUAUGUUAUAAGCUCAAAUCACUGAGAAUUCGAUCCAUUAUGUCGAAGGGUUUUUAGUCUACUGUUUCAGUAAGCAUGUGGUGGUUGUCAUAACCAAAUUUAUCCUUUGUGUGUCAAUAUUGCGUGUAUUUCGAGAAAAACGCAUUAAAAGUAUUCAAAAUUUUGCCGAAAUUACAGUACGAUUUCAACGCGACUUUAUUAAAACUAACCAGGAUGAGUUGAACGUAACAACUAUUGUGAAAAAGAAAAUUCAUGUUCGCUAAAGUUAACUUAAGUUUGUUCAGUUUUAAACGAACAUUCUUUACAGAUAAUCUUUCGCAUUUCGUAGAUUUGUUGUCUUUUCAGAGAAAGGAGAAUUUUUGUACUUAAGUACUUUUGUUAUCCAUUUAAUUUACACGAGACGCAUUUUGGAUAGAGAAUUUUAGUAGUUCUGUUUUUCUAGGGAAUUUUUCUGCUUUUGUUGUCUGCAUCUUUAGGGAGGGAUGGGGUUAGCGAAAAUUGCAAAAAACGAGGACAGGUGGAGGGAUGGUGUUCACUUUUAAGCGGAAAUCCUUUACAUAAAAUUGCUGUAUGUCUUGUUGAUUUGUUGUCUUUUCAGAGAGAAAGAGAGCAUUUAUACAA